AGAGAAAGAAGGGCCGAAAGAAAGGCGUUUCUUUUCUCGUCACAGGCUACUUUUCAACUACUCCUCCCUCAGUAUUCCACUAAUCUCAUUAUUAUUGUUAUAAUUAUAUUCUCAUCAUCCUUAAACAAUACUUAAUCAGUACACGUACAGUAAAAAAUAUAUAUAUAUAUUUCUUUUCUUGUAGUCUCCAGCCAGGGUUUUAAUUGAAAAAAGGGUUUGUUUUCACUUUAUUUAUUUAUUUUUUUCCACCGGAGGGCUGCUCCAUUUCUUUAAUGGCGGAUGGGUGCCAGGGUUCGUGGAAUCUCAAAGGGAGGGCAGAGUACAGUUCACGUCCCGGUCAGCCGCUCACCGCGUUUCCGCGUUGAUCCCAAUUCCCAUCCGUCACCCAUCUCUGCUUCUUGGCGUCGGCAGUAUCGCUUUCUUGUACCAGAUCUGAGGCCUGGGUCCCUGGGGAUGAGAGAUCGGAGGGCGUGAAUCUCGAGGAGGAAGGGAGAGAUGGCGGCGGCGGCGGAGGGGAGGCGGCGACACCAGCAGCAGCACGAUCUGGUGCCGCUGGCAGCGCUGAUGAAGCGGGAACUGAAGAGCGAGAAGAUGGAGAGGCCGUGCAUCCGGUAUGGCUGCGCCGCGCAGUCCAAGAAAGGGGAGGACUACUUCCUCAUGAAGACCGACUGCCAACGCCUACCCGGAAACCCCUCCUCCACCUUCUGCGUCUUCGCUGUCUUUGAUGGCCACAAUGGGAAUGCUGCAGCAAUAUAUACAAGGGAUAACCUGCUGAAUCAUGUAUUGAGUGCGAUACCUCGUGGGCUUAGCCGGGAAGAGUGGCUUCAAGCUUUGCCUCGCGCGCUAGUUGCUGGGUUUGUCAAGGCCGACAAAGAAUUUCAGAGCAGAGGACAAACUUCUGGUACCACUGCCACAUUUGUGAUAAUUGAUGGGUGGACCAUCACUGUUGCUUCUGUUGGAGACUCUCGUUGUAUUUUAGAUGCCCAGAGCGGCGUGGUUUCUCUGUUGACCGUGGAUCACAGGCUUGAAGAGAAUGUGGAAGAGAGGGAGCGUGUGACUGCAAGUGGAGGUGAAGUAGGAAGGCUCAGCAUCGUGGGUGGUGCUGAGAUAGGUCCCCUCCGAUGUUGGCCAGGGGGUCUAUGCCUAUCGAGGUCUAUUGGAGAUAUGGAUGUUGGAGAAUUUAUUGUUCCAGUACCUUAUGUCAAACAGGUCAAGCUAUCGAAUGCUGGGGGAAGACUUAUAAUUGCUUCAGAUGGCAUUUGGGAUGCCCUACCCUCUGAAAUGGCUGCAAAUUCUUGCCGUGGUUUGCCUGCUGAGCUUGCUGCCAGACAAGUUGUGAAGGAAGCUCUGAGGACAAGGGGGCUGAAAGACGACACAACCUGCAUCGUUGUUGACAUAAUUCCUCCUGAUCAUUCAGUCCCACCUCCAUCCCCACCAAAAAAGAUGAACAAAUUUAAGUCUCUCAUUUUCAGGAAAAGGUCAAAGGAUUCCGCUAGUAAACUGGCAAAGAAAUUGUCCGCUGUGGGUAUUGUAGAAGAACUGUUUGAAGAAGGUUCAGCAAUGCUUGCAGAAAGGCUAGGGAAUGACUCAUCAGGAGGGCAAACAACGUCAGGCCUGUUCACAUGCGCUAUCUGCCAGGCUGACCUUGCUCCUAGCGAGGGCAUAUCCGUGCAUGCUGGUUCGCUCUUUUCCACCAGCUCAAAGCCAUGGGAAGGCCCCUUCCUAUGUGCUGAUUGCCGCAACAAAAAGGAUGCAAUGGAAGGAAAACGCCCAAGUGGAGUGAAAGUGCUGUAACUUCUCUUCCUUCCCCUCGCAUUGUCCCCAUUCAAUUAUUUUGUUCUUUGAAUUCAAUUUGCUGCCAAUUUUUGUGGGCUGCGUGAUUGUUUGACAUUGGGGAUGAAGUAGGCACCCAUGUAUGUAAUAUCUGUAAAAGGAACGUGAUUCGAGUGAUGAUUUAUGUUAUUUGAAGUUGAUUUUCCCUUCUAACAAAUUGCUAUACUAGCUGGCAAGUUACU